AUGCCGCCUCCAAUGGAGGCGUACCCUUACCGGCCGGCGUGCCUAGCCGCUCCACCCGAGGGCCUGGCUUUGCCUCCGCCAGCAGCGGAGGAAGCCGCUCUGCCUGUGGCACCCCCUGCUGACCGCACGCCCAAAGCACCCUCCGAGGCGCCCCCUGCGGGCCACAUGACUGUGGUGCCUGCCAAGGCGCCCCCUACUGGCCGCACGCUCAAAGCGCCGACACCCCCCGGGACCCCACCUUUCAGUGUCCCGCAAGGGACAGGGACACAGGCGUCGGGCCCGGAUCACGACCGCCCUGCCCCCUGGCUCGCCCGUUCGGUCCCUGGCUGUCGCUCGUAUCAAAGCACUGAAAAUUUGUCUCCCUUGACUGAGAUGGCUGUGAAAGAUCAAGGGAGUCCUGAGUGCGAGGCACCAAACGGGCGUAGGAAGCAGUACGUCUGCGGCGGCUGUGCUGGGAUGGUGAACAUCAUGAUCACCUUCCCAAUACAGAAGGUACUAUUCUGGCAGCAGCUGUUUGGUGUGAGCAUGACUGAGGCCGUCCGGCAGCUGCAGAGGGACGGCAUGCGAACCCUGUACCGUGGCUUGCUGCCUCCCCUGCUGCAGAAAACCUCCUCGAUGGCCAUCAUGUUUGGAUUUUCUAACGAUGUGUCUCGGCUGCUGUCGCGACCCGGCAGCACCCCGGGGCUGGUGACCAGCAGCAUGGCGGCCGUGUUGGCAGGCACGGUGGAGGCAAGUCUGACCCCCUUUGAGAGGGUCCAGACGCUCCUCCAGGACCAGCGGCACCACGUCCGGUAUAACAAUACCUUCCAUGCAUUCCGGACCCUGGUGCGGGAGAAUGGUAUGCGUGAGCUGUACCGCGGCACAGUGCCCGUCCUGCUGCGCAACGGGCCCAGCAACGCGCUAUUCCUCGGGCUCCUCAGACCCAUCAAGGCCGAGACCCACGCUGGCCAGCUGGUCACUGACUUUAUCUCUGGCGGCCUUCUGGGAGCCACGCUGGGCUCCUUGUAUUACCCACUUAAUGUGGUGAAGGCUCGCAAGCAGUCGCAGGUGGGUGGAGCCUUCCAAUCCUCAUGGCAGGUACUGCGCACCAUCUACAGCGAGCGGGGUGGUAAAUUGAGCCACCUAUACAGAGGGGCGCAUCUAAACUACCACCGCUCCCUCCUGUCUUGGGGCAUCACAAACGCUGCCUACGAGCUUUUAAUGAAGGUCAUGUGAACUUCUGGAAAGUCGGGCGAGCCUCUACUGCCCCACGCAUCAAUGGUAAGGGAAAGCUGUAGUAAUAUACUGUUUGUUGGCACUUCUCUCUUAUUUGUAUCUUUUUUGUAUCUACACGCAAUACAGAUGCUCCUCUACUUACGAACAAGAUACGUUCCGAACGGC